CUGCCCCCCAAAGUAUUGCUGAUAUACAACCACAACUAUCCCCAGCACGUAGACGAGAUGAUAGAAUUCCAUCAUUAUCUCAAGAAGUCUUGUCAUCUGGACCCUCUCUUUGACCUGUUUGCAAUACCCAACACUGAAACUAAGGACCCGACUCGGUGGUACAUGAAGGCAUUUAACGAGGCAGACUUCAUCUUGGUGUUUGCAUCACCAGCAGGACCUCAGGGGGCUCAGCCCCACAAGCUCAACACUUACCUCCACCUGGACAGGAUCGCUCUGAAGCAGCUGCAGUACAGACUGGCACUGCCACGGCCGAGGUGUCCAGCCGUCAGUGUACAGCUGACUGGCUGCUCCUGGGACACUCUGCCUGACGAGGCCAAGGCUCUCUCCAGAUACGCUCUUCCCCGAGACCUGGACCCGCUGUUGGUGUUCCUAGGUACAGCGCCUAUGUGUGACCACGGAGAGUCACUGUUGGCCGCGCUCAGCAACGCUCCCAAACAGAACCCUCCCUCGGCGUUCCCUCUGUUCAACCCCUGCACUACUGCCGUGCGGGACGGGUCGGCCAUCACGCUGCUGGGCGAAGGCUCCAAGGACAUCUCUGUGGAGUGCUGAUACCUCUGCCGUCUGUCGACAUAGUGCCUGCGGCCGCGGAAUAGUAGACUGUAGCUUAGCGUAGGUUGGAGUCUGCGGUACAAGAUAAGUGGGCAUAGAUUAUUUUUUACAAAUACGAUUUAGCCUAACUUGUUUACCCUAUUUCUUUUCUGAAAGAUGGUUUCCUUCAUUCUCAUUUCUGUAGUGUACCAUGAAAGAUGAGGAUGAGUUUUUUGUUGUUUAAAUUUGACCAGUAGAAUUAUUAUUCAUGUUUGUUUUUCAAAGAAUCAGGAAAAUAUGGAUUAGUUGUGGAAUUUUCAAACAGUUUUUUUUUAGUACUAGGGACUUAAGUUUUAAGCCUACCUUUGCUCAAAAAUUGGAUUAUAAACCAGGUUACUGAUGUUUUAGCCAACAACAAACUCCUAUUGAGACAUGAUCUCAUAGUUGUAACUUUCCUAAGUAAUUGGGCUAAAAACAAGACUAUAGAUUUUUGAAGCCAACAACAAAAGCGUUUUGAGACAUGAUCUCUUUGAUGAUUCCCUGUCUCAAUUUUCUGCUCUUUGUUUGGAUUAGUGUAUCCUAAAACUGGUCAUUAACAGAUUAUCCUCACAAUUUAUUUUUAACUGGGUCAUA